AGAUAAAUAGCACGGCUCUGUUGAUACUAUCAUAACACACUCCUUUAUUCUCCAACUUGACGGUCUCGGUGCCGUUAAUAACCGAUCAGAAGCUUCAAGCAGUUCUCAACCGCUAAUAAGAUGGUAGACUGGAAAUCGGGGGAAGUGAUCCAGAUGGAUUCCAUGAUCUUCCUGAAGUUUAUGCAUGCCCUGCUUGGUCUAUACUUAUGGGAAUUCUUUAUCUCUCUGGACUUCGAAUGGGCUGUCAUGACGGGUAAGACGAGGUUCCGUUGGCCACUGAUUUUCUACUUUGCCGGUCGGUAUCUUCUUCUUUUUGCACUCAUUGGAAUUGCUGUAGCCCUGGAUACACCAAGUGAAAUCAAUUGUCAAGCACUUUAUGCCUUUAAUCAGCUGGCUGGCAAUGCGGCAGUCGGACUCGCGAGCAUCAACCUUUCUGUCCGGACGAUCGCUAUUUGGUCUCAGAACACUUGGGUCGUUGUCCUCCUGAUGUUGAUUAUUAUCGGGCAUUGGUCCCUCAUUUUGCAAGGUAUCCUUCUAACUGCCGUCUGGCUUCCCGGCGUCGGUUGUGCAAUCGCUUACAGCGAUACCACUAUCCUUGCUGCCACUUUCAUUUAUUCAAUGUGUUUCGACUUUGUGGUCUUAUGCCUUUCGGCAUAUAAGCUCGCCUGGACUCAUACGCGGAGUGGCACGAGCAUCGCACCCUCCAGACUUGUCAGGAUGUUGUUCUCUGAUGGCUUGAUAUAUUUUUUAAUCGCGUUCGUGUCCAAUGUGAUCGCAACAACUAUGAUGGUGCUCAACUUGAACGCCAUCAUGAGUGUCAUUUUCAACGUCCCAGCUGCUAUCGCUUCAACAAUUGUGGCAUCUCGUGUUGUUAGGCGGCUGACCAACUUCCAGCGUUCAGGAGUGGAGAUGAUCAGCCGCCCUCUGGAAAACUGCGGUACCGCAUUCAAGAACACUGAUGCAGGACUUUCUAACCCGGUUAGCACACCAAGGACUACUGGCGUUCAUGUUGAGAUGGACACCUUUACACGUGCAGCGAAUUUUGACCUUGAGGGGUAUCGUAGUGUCCAUCGCACCGCAUCUUCAGCAGCAAGCUACAGUGAGGACCAUAAGCCAGUUCAGGUAGUUUGACGUAAAUCCCGCAUUGCCUGGAUGUCUUCGAUGACCAGUCUUGCGCGCGAGAUGCUUUUGCAUUUAUUUUCAUUUGGACUAUUCUCAGAAAUUCAAGUUGUUAAUUAUUUACCCCACAACGUACUUCAAAGGUACUGCUCGAUGGUUCCUUUCCAAUAACAAUGAGAC